AUGGAGGGUCCGCCGGAAGCAAAGCGGGCCGGCACCGGCAGCGGCCGGGAGACGAAGGCGAAGGCUGCAAAGAAGGUGCUCUCCCCGGAGGAGAAAGCGAUCGAGGCCGCGAAACGUCGCUGCCGGCGCAGGAACCAGAAGAUGAAGAUUUCCGUGGCUGCCAACCAGCAGGCGUGGCAGAUGCAGAUCAAAGCCUUCAUACUAGUAGUAGCUCCGCCCCGGCAAGCCCCGUCGAGCCCCGGGCCGGCGGCCUCCCCCUCCUCGCCGCGCCACGGCCCCGGCGACCUCCGCCCCCGCCGCGCCACGGCCCCGGCGACCUCCGCCCGCCGCGCCGCAGCCCGGCAAGCCCCGGCCCCGCCGCUCCACGGCCGGCGACCUCCGCCCCGCCGCGCCACGGCUCGCCCGGCGAGCUCCGCCCGCUGCCGCACCUCGGACGGCCGCUCGGCCCUCGCCCGCAGCCGUUCGCCGCCCGGGCGUGGCCCCGUUCGUCGCCCCGUCCGUCGCCGCGGCGCGCCGCCUCGUGCGCCGCCGCCCUUGCCGCGGCGCCGCCCCGUGCGCCGCCGCCCUUGCCGCGGGCGCCGCCCUGCCGCGUGCGCCGCCCCGUGCGCCGCCGCCCUUGCUCGCGGACGCCGCCUCGACGCGGCCGCCGCCUCUGCCGCGGGAUUUGCCCCUUGCCGACGCGGCGCGGCCCCGUGCGUCGCGUCCGCGUCCCCGUUCCUCGCCGCGGUGCCUCUAGCCGCCGUGGGCGUGCGGCCCUGUCCGCCGCCGCGGGCGCGACCCUUGCAGAGGCUCCAAGGCGGCGACGGCGCCGCCCAUUCGACGUCGCCGGCGCGGCUCCAAGCUCGCCUUGGGCGCGGAGGUUGUUUCACUUCCGGCGACUUCCGGCAGGUGUGA